AUGAGUGUCGCCGAAGAGAGCAAAAAGAGGCUUCGGCCCGAAAUUGAGGAGGCGCUGGCAGCAAUGCCAGACUCGGAGACAGUUGCUGCUCCCGCGCCAAAAAAAGCCCGGACGGAAGAGCGUAGAUCUCUUUUUGUUCGAUCACUACCUCCAAAUGUGACGAACGAAAGCCUUGCGGAGUUUUUCUCCGAAUACUUCCCCGUCAAGCAUGCCACUGUGGUUAUUGAUCAGCAGACAAAGGAGUCUCGCGGCUUCGGUUUCGUGACUCUGGCGGACGCUGACGACGCCAAGCAGGCGCAGAUUGUUUUCGACAAGAAGCGAUGGGAAGACAGAACCAUUCGAGUUGAAGUGGCCGAGCCGAGACAAAGAAAAGAAGCCACCGAGGGGGCCCAACCUCGUCAGAAGCCAGGAAAGCCUGAGUUUGAGCCGACGCCAAAGUUGAUAGUGCGAAAUCUGCCCUGGAGCAUUCGCAACUCUGAGCAGCUUGGCCAUCUUUUCCGUAGCUACGGCAAGGUUAAGUUCGCGGAUUUGCCCAAGAACAAGGGAAAGCUCAAGGGGUUCGGAUUCGUUACCCUACGCGGCAAAAAAAAUGCCGAGAAGGCUCUCGAAGGUAUCAACGGCAAGGAAAUCGAUGGCAGAACCCUUGCUGUUGACUGGGCUGUCGACAAGGACACAUGGGAACAAAGGCAAGCCGGGGAAGGGAAGGAGGGCGAAAGUGGCGAUGACCAAACCAGCUCUGAAGAAGACUCGGACGCUGAAGACGACGACGACGACGAUGACGACGACGACGAAGACCUCAAUCAAGACAAGGAAGAGGGUCAGCUGAACACUGACCUGGAGAAUUUCAUGAAGAACCAUAUGCAAAAUAUAGAGGAUGAGGAUGAGGAUGAGGAUGAAGACGGCGAAGAAGAAACAAAGAGAAAAGAAGAGCGUAACAACUCGUCUGACAAUUCUUGCACAAUCUUUGUCCGCAACCUGCCAUUUACCACCAACGACGAACACCUCAAGUCAUUCUUCAGCAGCUUUGGAAACGUUCGAUAUGCGCGUGUCGUUAUGGACAAAGCUACAGAUCGCCCUGCGGGAACCGCGUUUGUUUGCUUCUAUCAGGAGGAGGAUGCCAAGACAUGUAUCAAGGGAGCUCCACGGCGACAGCAGCCAGCUGCCUCGGGCAAGAAAUCGAUCCUGAAAGACGACAAUCUUGAUCCUACAGGAAAGUAUACUCUUGAUGGUCGUCUCCUCAGCAUUGCGCAGGCUGUAAAUCGUGCUGAAGCUAGCAACUUGGCAGAAAGCUCGUUGGCAAACCGGAGAGAAAAGGACAAGAGACGGCUCUAUCUUCUUGCUGAGGGUUCCAUCGGUACCAAUUCGCCUAUAUACAACCUGCUGAGUCUGCCUGAAAUCCGAAUGCGACAGGCCAGCGCGGUUCAAAGGAAAAAGCUCGUCCAAGGUAACCCAACUCUGCAUAUUAGUCUCACAAGAAUUGCGCUACGAAAUAUCCCAAAAAACAUUGGCUCCAAAGAACUCAAGGAGUUGGCCCGAAAAGCUGUAGUCGGAUUUGCGCAGGAUGUUAAAGAAGGCAUUCGCGAGCCACUGUCUAAAGAGGAGAACGCAAGAGACGGAAAGGACGCCAAGGAGAAGGAGAAGCAAAGAAAACUUAAAGGAAAGGGCAUCGUGCGUCAAGCUAAAAUUGUCUUUGAGAGCACUCAGGGCUCCAAGGUCAGCGAAGAAUCUGGUGCUGGCAAGAGCCGUGGCUAUGGCUUCAUCGAAUACGUGUCUCAUCAUUGGGCCCUGAUGGGUCUGCGAUACCUGAACGGCUACCAGAUGGAUGACACGGAAGAGGGCAAGAAGAAGCGCCUGGUUGCGGAAUUUGCCAUUGAGAAUGCCCAAGUUGUGCAGCGCAGAAGAAUAAAUGAAGAAAAAUCCAGGCAAACGAGGGAAGACGCUACUAAGGGGAAGCCGCGCUUCGAAAAGGAUAAUGACGAGGAAGAGCCUAACGGCAACAGAGUGCGCGGCGAAGGAGGCGGAAGAGGCGGCCGUGGGGGUCGUGGGGGCAAUCGGGGCGGAAGAGGUGGCCCUGACAGCAGAGACCUUGGCGAUGAUAGAGGCCGUGACGGUGCGCGGGGUCGCGGUGGUGCUCGUGGCCGUGGUGGUGACCGAGGACGUGGUGGGGGGAGAGACCGCCGAGACAGGAAACCUCUCAUGGACAAAUUCAAGGGCGAUGGACGCGACACCGGCGGCAAAGAGGGCAUGCAGCAAAAGCUCAUGGCGCGCAAGCAUCAGAUGCGCAAGAAGAAGGCCGAAUCUAGAGGCUAA